AUGGCCUCGAAUCCGGCGUUUCGACAAUCUGUCCGGCCAUCGCAACCCGUCAAGAAUGACUUAGAGAAUGAGGAACUCCGUGUACAAGUAAAUACACUGCGCUACGAACUGGACAAUCUCAAACAGGAGCGAGAUCUCACCGAAUUGCGCCACGAGAAAGAGUUGCGCGAUCUACAACUUCGUGCGGAUUCAGAUUUCAGGAAAGCUCAAGGCGCCGAAGCAGCCAGCAAUCGAGCCAACCAAAAAAGCGAAGCCCUAGCGAAGGAAUUAAAAGAGACUCAAGAAUCAGCACUCAGCGAAAAGGCCUCCUCUGAACGACGCAUUCGAACUUUACAAGACCAAAAUCAAUCCCUUCAAGAAGAGGCCACCGAAGUUGAGGCACAAAGGGCCGAUCAGGAAAGACAAUUCAAACGUCAAAUCACCGAACUCGACACGUUACGCAUCACAUUGGCCCAGACAUUACAAGACGUACAACAAGAUCUGCAAAAUGUACAAAUUACUCUACACUCCGCGAAUGCACAGGUGACUAGACUAGAGAAUGAUGUUGCGACUUUAGAAGCUGAGAACCUGCGUCUGAGGGCAGAGGGCAAUGGAGCCGAAGAAUUGGCCGUUCUCAAAAGAGAACUUUCAGAACAGGUCGCACAUAUCAAAAAUUUGGAAUCUACAAAUCGCGAACAAUCGACAGAACUACGACAUUUACGCAAAGUGCAGAAAAACGUUGAAGUGGUCGAAGAGCAGAAGAAAUCCCUCGAGAACCAGUUACAACUGAUGUCCACAUUGGAGGCAGAACUCGGAAAUUUGCAGAUCCAAAAGCGAGUCCUAGAAGAUGAGCGGCGAUCAUGGUCCAGUAUGCUCGAGUCAAAUGGCGAAUUUGCCGAUUUCGAUUCCCCGGAAGCAGUCGUGAAAGCUCUUGUGGAGGAACGAAUCGAAAAACUGACGUUGAUCGAUAAGCUCGGCAGCGUGGAGCCGCAAAUUCUGGAAAAAGACGAAAUUAUUCAGGGGCUCGAAACCGAGAAGAGGCAGUUCAAACAGGAGAUCGAGAAACUGCGAAGCGCUGCGGCAGCUCCCGGCGGUACUAUGGACACUCGCGCCAAACUCAGACUAGAGCGUCAGCGAGCAUUGGCUGUCAAGGAAGUGGAAUAUCUGCGCGCCCAGCUCAAAGCAUUCGACACAGAGGAGUUAACGAUGCAUGAAGAGGGCAGUCAUUACGACGAGCAGAAGAACCAACAGAUCGAAAAGCUAGAGAAGCUCGUUGAUGAGUAUCGGAACGAGCUGCACAAAGUUCACGAAGAUUUGUCGGCUCUUGAAAAGGCCUCUUCGAAGGACGAAGAAGGAACCGCCGCUACAACAUCUCGAGGAAUAAAGAGGCCACUAUCACCAGCAGACAGCGACGCAGAGUCAGAGCGAAUUUCCAUAUUGACCCGCAAAAAUCGCUCGUUACAAGAAGCUCUAUCAAAAUCCGAACAAAGCAUCAAAGUGCUCCGGCACGAAUUAGACGCCACCAAAUCCCAUCUUUCUUCUCUGCAAGAACAGUCUCGCACCCGAAUUCUUGAAUUACGCGCAAAUCCCACAGCCGAAGCCGAAAACCUCAAAAUGUCAACCUUGCGGACACUCCAAGCCGAGAAUCGCGAUUUGUUAGCUCAACUACGCGGCGACAACGCUAAAGUCGCCCGUGUAGUCCCCGUCAGCACGCUUGACAGCCUCAAACUCGAGAUGCAAGAAAUGGAGCGCACGGUCGCCGAGAAAGAAAAACGCAUGCGCCGCCUCAAAGAAAUCUGGACCGCCAAAUCGUCCGAAUUCCGUGAAGCAGUGGCUUCAGUACUGGGUUACAAACUCGAUUUCCUACCCAACGGCCGCGUACGCGUGACAUCCAUGUUCCAUCUCUCGCCCGCCUACCGUCACGGCGCCAGCUCAACCGCCUCAACGGGGCCGGGAAGUAUGGGCAACGGCGAGGAAAACUCGAUCAUAUUCGACGGCGAGAAUGGCACGAUGAAGAUAUCAGGCGGACCGAACAGCCUUUUUGCGCUUGAGAUUAAACACUUGAUUAAGUUCUGGGUUGAGGAGAGGAAGGAUAUCCCCUGUUUUUUGGCGGCGAUGACGUUGGAGUUUUAUGAUAAGACUACUAGGGCGGCGAGGGUUUGA